CAAAUGAUGUAGUGAUAACUGACAAAGCAGUUGUAUUAGACUGGCAUGGAGGGAGAAUGGGGAAAAAUCCGUUGUAGGCUUCACCGUGAUCUACCUGACGAUACAACACCGGUCCAUCGCAAUGUCCUACAGUCCCGGAUUUAAAAUUAGCUAAUUGUUCUCAGAUCAAGAAGGUUCUGCCAUGCGAAGCAACCUCCCGGUUCCAUGUGGAUCGCAUAACGUCGGGAUUGCAAAUGAAAGAUGAGCGUGAGAGGACUGGGAUCGCCGCAUCCACCCUUUGGGGCGGGAUGUCCUUGCCGGUGCAAAAAAGCAGCAACGCCUCUUUUAAUUUGGUUAGCAAGCCUCUCCUCCAGGCUUCACUUUUGCUACCACGUGCGAGAGCGACUGGAACUGGUGUCCAGCGCGACGGAGCUUCCCUUCCCCUCGCUUCGCUCGUAGGUUCCCCAGCCUAGGGCUGGCGCUUUGCCAAGCAACGGGCUUUUCCGCGCGACUCUUGCAAUGAAAAACCAAAGCAGGCUGGACUAACGAGCAGCGCCGGAGAGCAACCGCGCACGCCUCUCUGCAGCUCCUGUGCCUGCAGAGGGUUGGCGGGCGAGAGCCUGGCCAAUCCCGAGCCUUGCCAUUCCGAGCGCUGACAUUUCUGCGAGCGUAUUUAAACUUUCAAAGAAAGCGAUUUGGCUUCUGGUUUACGUCGGGGCCACGGUCGCCGUUUCCUCGCGGAGAAAGUUUUGGCGAUCUGCGGAAGAGCGCUCUCGUAGCGGUGAAGCGGCAAAUGGGCAUUUAAAGGGGCCCUUGGAUUAAGCCGGCGGGGCGGGAAAGAAGUGCCGCGGCUGAGGCAGGAUUUGCUGUGCGCGGCGUCUGAAGCAGUCGGCAAGCUGGACUCGGAUGGGAGGAUGGAAAUGAAGAGCAUGGAUCAUUAUCUACGCCGUCUGAAACAAGAGUUGUUAUCCAUGAAGGAGGUUGGGGACGGGCUGCAUGAACAGAUGAACUGCAUGAUGGGUGCUCUGCAAGAACUGAAACUGCUCCAGGUCCAGACAGCUUUGGAACAGCUGGAGAUUUCAAGUGACCCAAACCAGGUUUCAGGAAUUGGCCAGCAUAAGUAUUGUCAAAACAAUAAGGAGAUGCCAACGGCAAAGUUUGAUGCCAGCCAAGAGAGUGAGACCCUGCUGGGAAAACAUUAUUUGGACAACUACAGAUCUUCAGCCUUUUUAUGCUCAACUCCUGUGUCACACUCUACCAGCUCAUGUUGCCAUAUUUCUUUGCCAGACACUAACCAUGAACACAUAGCUUCAUCCCUUAGCAGCAUAGGUAGUGAGAAUGACAGUGGACCCUCUUCAGCUGCGAGCACAACAGAGUAUCAUUCACCAAGAAUGUUGGAGUCAUCUAGUGACAACACAACAAGCAGUUGGCUUACUCAAGAUACCAGCUGCUUAUAUGAGACUAAGUCAGUUUGUAAGGAUUGUUGGUUUUCUGAUGAGAACAAAGACUGGACUUGCUCAUUAAUGUCUCAAAGUAGAAACAGACAACCUUUGAUUCUGGGUGAUAACAUCUUUGCUGAUCUAGUUGGUAAUUGGUUGGAUUUGCCAGAGAUAGACAGAAAAGGAGAAAAAAAUGAGGCAUCUCUGCCAAGUAGCAAGUCCCAAGAAUUCUGUAGGAAAUUUUCCCUCACAGCCAAUCUCUUCAAGAAAUUUUUAAGGAGUGUCCGGCCAGAUAGAGACAGAUUACUAAGACAGAAGUCCUGCUGGCUGCCUGCAAAAAACAAAGAGACUGAGAUCUUAAAGCCCCAAGCAGGUGGCAAAAAGAAGGCGCUGUUUUACUUCCCAAUUCGUGGGAGCACACCAAACUCUCAAGACAAAGCCAACAGGUGUGAGAAGAAGGAAGGAAGGAAAGUCAAGCCCAAACCCCAUGGCAAGAAAGUCCACACCACAAUAGAACAGACUCAGUCAGGGUUUGACUUUAACACAGCAGUCUGGGUCUGAAUUCCAAGAUUCAUCAUUUCAGUUGCUAAAACUGUUCUGCCCAAAACUAGAAAGAAAGAAGUAAGAAUAGGGAAAGAAAUAUUUUUCAGACUCGGACCAGGAUGAGGAAACAGUGAAGAAGAGGGUUUCUAUAGAACAAGUUAACACAUAUAAGUAGCUAGACAUUACUACCACAAGCAUAACUUAUAUGACAAAAUGUAUUUCAUAAAUGGAACUAGAAGUCUCCUAGGGUAGUGCUUGCCAGUGUUGAUCGUUUGGAUAAGCUUCAAAUUUGCCAAAUGUAUUCACUUAAUCUCCAGGUCAAAUUGCAACAGAGCAUUAGGUCACAAGUGUGAGUGUGUGUUACAUGCACUUAUGUGUAUGUCUGUUGUGUGUGAUUGGAUUUAUUUUUUUAAGCUCUGUUUUUUUGUGUGUGCACUGAUUCCUGGAUUAUGCACAAGGCAAAUGAAUAAGCACUUGACAAUGAAGUUAAAGAUGAGAUGUAAGUUUGUAAAAAGAGACAGACUGUGGGACUUGAAUGUAGAUGAGUGGAAUUGGUAUAGCCAGUUUAUCCUUCUGGUUUUAACUGUUCUUUUUAGAAAAUAAUUACUUCUGUCUCACCAACCACAAUCCAUCCUGUAUUAGAAUAUGUCUAAAGAGUGCUGUGUUACUGGUAGCCUUCCCAUCACUCCCACAUCCCGAUGAGCAAGAAUUAUUCAUCUUUGAUUUUUGCCUUCAAAGCCUUAAACUCUAGAUGCCUCACUGAAAUCCCGAGUUCUACCAGACUUUUUCCUGAUUUUGUAUUUUCAUUUUGAAUUUCUUACUGUGUUUGAACAUAGUUGCAAAAAUGUAGUUUUCUCCAGGGACCCCCAAGAGUUUAUUAAUA